GCGGGGCCGUGGCGGUCGGCUGCGCGCUGCUCCUCGCCCUGAAGUUCACCUGCAGUCGAGCAAAAGAUGUGAUAAUACCAGCAAAGCCGCCUGUCAACUUUUUCUCUUCGAGGUCACCAGUCCUUGACCUCUUCCAGGGGCAGCUAGACUAUGCAGAGCACGUUCGUCGGGACUCAGAGGUGGUACUGCUAUUCUUCUAUGCCCCGUGGUGUGGACAGUCUAUUGCUGCCAGGGCAGAAAUUGAGCAAGCAGCAAGUCACCUUUCAGACCAGGUGUUGUUUGUGGCGAUUAACUGUUGGUGGAACCAGGGAAAAUGCAGAAAACAGAAACACUUCUUUUAUUUUCCUGUAAUAUAUUUGUAUCAUCGGAGUUUUGGACCAAUUGAAUACAAAGGCCCUAUGAGUGCUGUUUACAUUGAGAAGUUUGUACGCCGGGUGAUGAAACCACUUCUCUACAUCCCAUCUCAGUUCGAAUUACUAGAUUUUCUCUCAAACUAUGAGCCUGGAGUACUUGGGUAUUUUGAGUUCAGUGGCUCCCCCCAGCCUCCUGGUUAUAUGACCUUCUUCACCUCAGCAUUACAUUCCUUAAAAAAAGAUUACCUAGGAACAGUACGAUUUGGGGUUAUCACAAAUAAACAUCUUGCGAAACUGGUAUCCUUAGUACACUCUGGAAGUGUGUAUUUACAUAGACAUUUCAACACAUCACUUGUCUUUCCCAGGGAGGCCGUGAACUACACAGCCGAGAACAUCUAUACGUGGGCCUUGGACAACCGGGAGACACUCUUGCGAUGGCUGCGACCACACGGAGGCAAGAGUCUCCUGUUGAAUAACGAACUGAAGAAAGGACCAGCACUUUUUUUGUUCAUACCUUUUAAUCCCUUAGCUGAAAGUCAUCCUUUAAUAGAUGAGAUCACCGAAGUGGCCUUGGAGUAUAACAACUGUCACAGGGACCAGGUGGUGGAGCGCCUCCUUCAGCACCUGCGACGGGUGGAUGCACCAGUGCCAGAAUCUCUGGCACUGGGACUGCCAGCACAGCUGCCAGACCCGCCGCUGAUAACAGCAUCCCCCUGCUGCAACACUGUGAUGCUGCCCCAGUGGCACUCCUUCUCCAGAACACACAUCUGCGAGUUGUGUGUCAACCAGACUGCCGGGGGCAUCAGGCCGAGCUCAGUCAGCAUGCCACAGUGCAACUUUUUUGAGAUGGCAGCAGCUCUGGAUUCUUUCUACCUCAAGGAGCAGACCUUCUAUCAUGUGACAUCAGACAGUAUAGAAUGCAGCAAUUUUUUAACUUCCUAUAGCCCUUUCAGCUACUAUACUGCAUGUUGCAGGACCAUAAGCCAGGGCAUGGCGGGCUUCAUUGAUUCGGAGCGAGAUGGCUUGGAAGCGCCGACCAUUGCGUUUUCUUCCCUUGAGAAGAGAUGUGAGGUUGAUGCCCCGAGCUCUGUUCCUCACAUUGAGGAGACCAGGUAUCUCUUUCCAGAAGUGGACAUGACUAGUACAAACUUCACAGGCCUGAGCUGCAGAACCAACAAGACCCUGAACAUCUACCUUUUGGAUUCAAAUUUAUUUUGGUUAUAUGCAGAGAGACUGGGUGCUUCGAGCUCCACUGAGGUGAAAGAAUUUGCUGCCAUUGUUGAUGUCAAAGAAGAGUCUCACUAUAUCUUGGAUCCAAAACAAGCUCUUAUGAAGUUCACCCUAGAGUCUUUUAUUCAAAACUUCAGCGUUCUCUACAGUCCCUUGAAAAGGCAUCUCAUUGGAAGUGACUCUACCCACUUACCUUCUUGGCAUUUAAUCACUGAAGUGACAACUGAUACCUUUUGGGAAGUAGUCCUUCAGAAACAGGAUGUUCUGCUGCUUUAUUAUGCACCAUGGUGCGGCUUCUGUCCAUCCCUCAAUCACGUCUUUAUCCAGCUUGCUCGUCUGCUGCCAGUGGAUACAUUCGUUGUGGCCAGGAUUGAUGUGUCUCAGAAUGAUCUUCCAUGGGAAUUUAUGGUUGACCGUCUUCCUACUGUCUUGUUUUUUCCCUGCAACAGAAAAGACCUAAGUGUGAAGUACCCAGAAGACCUUCCCAUCACCCUUCCAAGCCUGCUGAGGUUCAUUUUGCAUCACUCAGGCCCUGCCUCCGCCCCCCCGAGCACGGCUGGUAUGCCCACCAAGGCAUGUCUCCAGAGCGAGGCAGCCUGGCAGCAGGGGCACAUCUCCCACCUGGAGCGAGAGAUCCAGAAGCUGAGGGCAGAGAUCAGCAGCCUGCAGCGGGCACAGGUCCAGGUGGAGGCCCGGCUCUCCAGCGCCCGCAGAGAUGAGCACCGGCUGCGGCGGCAGCAGCAGGCCCUGGAGCAGCAGCAUGGCCUGCUGAGGCGGCACAGCGAGCAGCUGCAGGCCCGCUAUGCUCAGAAGACGCGUGAGCUCGAAGGGCUGGCGCGCAGGCUGCAGGAGCUGGCUGACGCCUCGGAGAGCCUGCUCAGUGAGAACACGUGGCUCCGGCUCCUGGUGGCCACCAUGGAGAGGAGGCUGGAGGGCAGGCCCGGGGCAGAGGACCAGGUGCCCGUGGGGCCGGUGCAUGCUGAGCACUCGGAGCCCUCUGGCACGCCCCGCCUGUCUGGCAGCGCCCCUCCACCUCCCAACGGCAGUGCCACAUUGGCAUCCAAGAGGAGUGAUGAGAACAGGACAGAUUAGCUUUUACAAUGACAUGAAGAGAUUAGAGGGGAAACUGUACAUUGGGAAUAUAUUUAUGCAAAUUUAUUGAAAUUUAUUGUAAAUAAAGAUUUUCUCAGUGGUCUAGAAAAUCA